AAUGAGUGUAAAAAGCUUGUUAGUUAGUAGGAGGGUAGGUUUUUCUUUGACACCUUCCUUCUCGUUAGCUGGGCCCAUGAUCCGCCUAGACAAAGGGAGAACUUUGGAGUCUUUCUUUCCAUCCGCAAAGACGGGAAGGAGGGUCUAAAAACCCUUUCCUCGACAUCAUCUUCUGGCAGAGACAGGUCCAUACCUGAGUCAGGCUCGGGCUGCUUCCUUCUUCUUCCUCUCUAUCCCUUCUUCCUUUCAAAAUCAUGAAAGAAGUCUCUCUAGGAUCAAGAACUACGUGUCUAAUGUUCGUUACUUUACUAAUUAUCUUUUUGGCCUGAACUUUUUCUUCCGGUUCUCAAAGGUCACGCUGUGUAUGACCACAUCGAUGCUACUUUCUCUUGUUCUUCUCCUACCAUUCUCAAUGCCGAUGGUGAAUCUGUCAACAACCCAGCCUACACGCUUUGGCAGCAGAUUGAUUCAAUUGUGCUUUCUUGGAUUCAGGCUACCGUUUCCAAUGAAAUUUUCCAGUUAUUUUGAAAACCUAAUUAAAGCUCGCGAUGCAUGGCUCAGCAUUGAAAAGCUUUUCCACGAUGAAACGGAUCGGGGGAAAGCUAUCGUCCGAGGUUCCCAGAAUAUGGAUAUUGAAGGGGGAAUGGUAAGACCUUACCGAGUGUGCAUCAUAUCAAGAGAGGACUUAGAUCGGAGAGGAGCAGCUCUUUUCUUUUUAACAGAAAGCAGUGAUGAAUGGGACGGAGCUGCUACACUUCAGCUGGAGCUUAUGUAUUGGAGCAGAGGUGGCAGUUCAGACAGCAGCAGGAGCAGGACCAGCAACUAGGGUUGUUCACAGAGCAGCCGUCUUUCCCUCUCAAGCGGAGAAGACUGGUUACAUGUCCGAUCCGGUAGGGAUGGUUCCUCUCGACAGAUUAAGCUACUUACUAGAGUUCGGGUAUUGAACAAACGGGUGGAAACUUGCCCGAUAAUAAAAUUAGCCCGAGUGCAAGAGUUGUAGCUAAGGAGUUGCUAGAGUUGUUCCGAGUUGACGAGAUCAAAUCUGUCCCAAAGAAAAAACCCUAGUUGUAGUAGACGAAGAUGGUCACCUAGGAUAGGCAGACAAACCUGAACCUUAGAAAGUAGCCGGCAGAGACGCUACGGGAGAACCGCCUAGGAUGGCGUAAGAGACUCGAUCAUCUCUUUCUUCAAUGUGGGUUUGUGCAUUUGUCUUUUGAAUCGGUCAAGGGUUCAGACAGGAGAUGUGCUUUAGCCAAAGAAGCUUGGGCACCUGCUCCAAUAAAGCUAAGAGGACUAGCUACGGUGUGGGCACCAGAUCCACUCAGUGAGGCCGGGCAAGACUUUACGUCCGAUAUAGUAGUGUCAGACAUUUGUCAGACUUAAGCUGUGGGAUAGACUCCUUCAAAUGGAAAGAUAGGAGAUGUUUAGCCAGUACAAGCUGUGUUUGUGGCAGCCAUCCCGACUUGGAGUGGAGUAGCCAGGAAGAGGCACCGAGGAGGGACAGAAAUAACAGAAGCUGAGAGAUUCACCUGCAGGGGCGCGCUCCGGUCUAAGGCCUUGGCUGACGUACGAUCCCCGCGAAGCUCCACCUUCAAAGGUGAGCUAUGUAGACAGAUUUUUGGGUCUUUACUUUCGUGUUUGGAGUAGGUGAUAAUGAGGAACAGCAAGGAGAUGGCUUUUUAGCCAAAACAGUGUGGUGUGGGUAGGCUGCCCCAAUCAAGCGUAGCGAUCACU